AAAAAAAUCUUUUAAAUAAUAAACAAUUUUAUGUAAUCUAAAUACAACUUUGUUUGUAUGUACGUAUCACUACGGCUACGUACGGAUUACAAUUUUUUCACAUUGUAGUUUACCACCGAUAAACAAAAAUGAGAACGUUACCAAAAUGGGUAAAUAAAAUUCACGAAGCUGACAAAAUUGAGUUUUCUAGUGUCCACACAUUAUGCUUCAGUCCAGAUGGAAGCCAGCUGGUAGUUGGAGCUGGAGAGAAGGUUAUGGUUUAUGAUCCUAGGGAUGGAUCUCUUCUACAACUGCUGCAGGCCCAUAAAGGGGCAGUUCAUGCUGUAGCUUAUUGUGGAGAUGGCAAGAAAUUUGCAAGUGGUAGUGCUGACAGGAAUGUUAUUAUUUGGACAUCAAAAAUGGAAGGCAUAUUGAAAUAUUCACACAGUGAAGCAAUACAGUGUCUCGCCUACAACCCUGUAACAUUUCAUUUGGCCUCAUGUGCCAUUUCUGAUUUUGCUUUCUGGUCAAUGGACAUAAAAGCUGUUCAGAAACAUAAAGUUUCUGGGAGAAUAACAAGUUGUGCUUGGUCACCAAAUGGGCAAUAUCUGGUAAUUGGUUUAGCAAGUGGUGCUGUAACUUUUAGGGAUAAAGUAGGCAAUGAAAUACAACGAAUUCUGAGAGAAGCUGCAGUUUGGGCGGUUGCCUUCUCAAAAAUGACUUUACUUGUCACUGAUUGGAAUGAAACACUUUCUUUUUAUACAAUACAGGGUCAGCAAACACUAAAAGAAAGAAAUAUUGGAAUGGCGGCUGUCUCUAUUAUGUUACUUGAUUCUUUGAUCCUCGUUGGUGGUGUGGGGGGAUGGGCGAUACUCACAGCAGAAGGAGUGCCUAUAAUUACAACUUCUCAAGAUUGGGUUUGGGCAAUAGCUCCUUCACCCUCCUUCAAUAAUAUUGCUGUGGCAUGUCAAGACGGGACGCUCUGGUGCUAUCAAGUUGUGUUCAGUACUGUGCAUGGUUUAUACCGUGAGAGAUACGCUUAUAGAGAGAACAUGACCGAUGUUAUAAUACAACAUCUCACCACCGGUAAUAAAGUACGGAUUAAAUGUCACGACAGAGUACAGAAGAUAGCAAUUUAUAAACAUCGACUUGCCGUGCAAUUACCAGAACGAGUGGUUGUGUACGAGCAGGGCGACGUUGAGGGAAUGCUGUACAGAGUGAGAGAGAAACUUCCCCAAAAAUCUGAAUGUUCACUAUUAGUGGCCACCAGUGACUCAUUGCUAUUAUGUCAGGAUACAAAACUUUCAAUGAUAGGACGUCAAAUACCGAAAUCCUGGUCGAUGCCGGCCCCUAUACGAUACGUUAAAGUCACAUCCUUACGUUUCGAGGAAGUAUUACUUUUGGGUCUUAUGAACGGAGAGAUAUGGCAAGUGGAACCGAACAGCGGUGUUUCUAUGAUGAUACUUCAAACGCCCGCGAGCGUUCGUUGUUUAGACGUUAGCGCUUCACGAGGAUGCCUUUCCGUAGUCGAUGAAGCUUCCACUUGUCGAGUGUACAGUUUACCUAGUGGAGAACUACAGUACACUGAAGAAAAUGUAUCGUCGGUAUCGUGGAAUUCUUGGUGCGACGAGCUACUGAGCCUGUCCGGCGGUGGUACGCUGUCGAUCAAAGCCGGACAUUUUACUUCUGCGACACAACCUCUGAUCGGAUCAGUUGUAGGGUUUCAGGGUGGACGAGUGUUUUGUCUUCAAGCGAAUUCGAUGCAAACUAUUAACGUACCUUUGUCACAUGCUGUACACCAAUACAUUGAACAUAAACUCUUCAAUGAAGCGUAUGCGGUCGCGUGUCUAGGUGUGACGUCAUCGGACUGGGAGCGGCUCGGUGUUGCCGCCCUCGAAGAAAUGUCAUUCGAAGUUGCUAGAAAAGCAUUCCAAAGAAGCGAAAAUAUUACAUUCCUUUCGCUGAUCGAUAAUUUGCAGGAGCGCUUCGAUGCGGGCGAGAAACGUGACGUCAUACAUGGCGAGAUACUGGCGUACCGCGGACGCUACACGGACGCCGCGCGGGCCUUCCACAGCGCGGACAGAGACGACCGAGCGCUCAAUUUAUACGUGGACUUGAGAAUGUUCAACAAAGCUCAGGAAUACGUCGGUGAGGGGGACGGUUUAGCGGCAUUAACGAGACGCCGUGCUGAAUGGGCCAGGCACGUGAACGAACCCCGGGCCGCCGCUGAGAUGUACCUCGCUGCUGGCGACGUGAAGAGGGCAGCGCAGCUGAUGGCCGAGACCGGACGACGUGACAUGUUAAUAGAAUUGGCGCGAAAACUGGACAAGGGUUCGAGCGAGUCGUUGCGCUACGUGGCGGAAGCAUUGGAGCAAGCGGGCGAGUUGGCAACCUCCGCUGAUGUGUACCAGCGAUUAGGAGAUUACACAAAAGUUGCUCAGCUAGCGGUGGCCGCGGGCGAAUGGUCGAGAGCUUUCUCUCUAGCCCGUGAACAAUCUGAGUGCAAACGCGACGUGUACCUACCGUACGCACAUAAGAUGGCGCAGGAAAACAAAUUCAUCGAAGCGCAAAAAGCGUAUCACAUGGCCGGCGAGACCGCGACGGCGAUGCGCGUGUUUACGAUACUAGUUGGUAACGCCGUUACCGAGGAGCGGUUUAGCGACGCGGGCUACCUGCAUCAUUUACUGGCCUCGCAGUUUUUGGACACCGCAUCUAGUUUAAGCGGCAAGGAACGUCAGAAGAGCCUCAACCAAUACGAGUACAACGAGCGUCAUGCACGUAUAUACCACGCGUACGAUUCGGUGCAUAAAUGCGUUCACGAACCGUUCUCUCUGAGCCAGCCCGAGACGUUAUUGAACGCAGCUCGCUACAUCCUUGCCCUGCUGGACGGGGAAGCACCCCCCGGAGUAUCUAUGUUCUGUUUGUAUCUAUGUCUUGCUAAGCAAGCGAAAGCCCUGAGUGCUCACGGCCUAGCACGACAAAUGCUAGACAAAAUAUUGGGACUUCAAAUACCACAAAAAUUUCAGGAGAGCGUCGAGUUACUUAUAUUGAAGACUCGUGCCAGUAGUGGCAGCGAGGCUCGAGAUGACGAGGUGGCGCCACUGUGCUGGCGUUGUAGAAGACACGCGCCUCCCCUCUGUGCCGCUAGAUGUCCGCACUGUCACCACAGCUUAGUACAUUCCCUGGCAACACACGAAGUACUACCCCUCGUUCAGUUCAAGCCCGCUGAAGGAAUAACACACGAGGAAGCCUUUGAUUUGAUAGAAAGGACUCCACUGCCUGAAGUUAAGGACGAACAAAAUACUAGCGACGCCGAAAUAUUACGCAUAGACCACGAAAUCGAUUCUAAUGACCCCUUUCUCGAUAAAGUCGAAGAGGAGGAAGACGAAGGCGUAGUUGUGUGCAGCAGAGGCAACCUCAUGCAGUUAAGCCCGGCCAGUGUUGUCAUAGUUAAAAGAAAUCUCUUUCAACCGUUGUAUUUCAGGAAUAUGCUACCCGAACUUCCGGCUACAGCAUGCUCUAACUGUCAAAACCUGUUUUACUUGGAGGAUUAUGAAAUACAGUUGGUAGUGAAAGGCCACUGUCCGUUCUGUCGUCACCCUGCCGAGCAUUUGAAGAACGAAGACGACGACGCCGAGGACUCGAUGUUAAAUGAUUCGACAGCAUCAACGCCCGGCAGCCCAGGUGAUCAUCAUUCUUGGCGAUAGAUGGCGCUUUACACAAUAAUAUUAACAAACAAUACUUAUUCGUUAGAUGCCUCAAUUGUCGGAUGUAAUUGGCUUCGUAUAUGUAACUACAAUAACUUUAAUCAUUCCUAAGGUUAGUAAUUCCAUUUAACAUAUCGGUAAUGUAAUUUAAUUCUUUCACAAAUCAAACGAUAACUGUUUGACAACAUUGAUGCCUUGCAGGCCAGUUCAUCAUCAUUCUUGGCGAUAGAUGGCGCUUUUCACAAUAAUAUUAACAAACAAUACCUAUUCGUUAGAUGCCCCAAUUUGUAAUAGGCUUCGUAUCUUUAAGUGCAAUAACUCUAAUCAUUCCUAUUGGUAAUUCCAUUCAACAUAUCGGUGAUGUAAUUUAAUUCUGUCACAAAUCAGACGAUGAAGAACUUGAGAAAUAAAUAUUUCAAAUAAAUACAAAAGUGUUCGACGGCGAUUAUUUACGCACGAUUGACUAGUUACUUGUAUAGUGAAUAUGUUAAAUUCCAUAAUAUAUAUAUCCAUACACUUAUUUUGAUUUUGAGCCUUACAUUCGCUGAAUAAAUGGUACGAGACGCAAAUUUUUCGAACAAGCUAAUUUUCCAAAAUGAAUUUAAGGUAUCUAUGCAGCGGAUGAUAAUAUGAGUGCUAUUUUAUUAACUACACUGUGUUUUAUGUUACAGUCAAUCAAAAGAAAUAAUUCAAAAGAUUACCUUUUUUUUAAAAAACAGUUUCAGAAAAUGUUUUGAUUGCAUUUAGUAUAAUAUGGAUAAUAUGUCACAAGAAAAACGAACUUUCACUAUCUCUUUCCCACGCAUAUAACGAGAGUGACGUCAUAAGACGUAAAGUACAUACUUUUAAUUCAUAAUUAUCAUCACCGCUGGCUCUGCGUGGUUUCUUCUAAUUAAUAAUUUCUGAACGAUUUGAUUCUGUGAUUUUAGAUUUGAUAACCAAUUGAUUUAAGAUAAAACACAAAUAUGGAGUCAACAUACCUUUGUUGUACCUGAAAUAUGUGGACUGCGUAAUAUUAGAGACUAAGUCCUUCAAACAUCUAGUGUCGAGCCUAGUUCAAUUUCAAUGAUACUUGUUUUAAAGGACAUAUAAAAUAGGGCAAAUAAAUAGUAUUUCCUUUCAGUUUUCGCUAGUCAUAAAGUCGUAAGUCGUAGUAAACAUAAUUAAAACUACUUUAAUUCAUUUAAUUAAUCCUGUUUAAUUUUGAGUUUAUUUUAUACAUUUCCAUUCACACGCCAUUUCGAACGGCUUACGUAAUCAAUGAAUACUUUUUUCCUAUUUAUGGGCUGGUAGCCUAAGUUUUUUCCCAACCUAGUCGUUGGUAGUAUAAGAGGUUAGGUAUUCCAACUACGCGCGGACCGGUAGGUGAGCUCACGGGCUCAACCUGAGAGAAUUGAUAACACCAACUCUAGCAAGAAUAGUGCAAGAACAGUGCUUCGCCGAAUCUACCACCGGAUCGCAAACGCGACCCACAGAGAAGAGAGAAACUCAGUGGGCAACUCAAUUAUUGAUGACGAGACGACAGCACUUUAUUUAUUUAUUUAUAUAUUCAGCAAUACUUUAUCUUAAUUAGAAUACAGGUGUGAUGUCAUUUCAAAAUAAAAACCUAUAUAGUUAUAAAAUAACUGUAAUUUAGUCACAGGUGUGGUGAUGUUUCUUAAUCGCGCAGUUCAUAUCUUAUUUACCAAACCUCGAACAACAUCGAAAUUUAUUGUAAUUCAAUCUCUGGCUUUUAGACUCGUAUGCAAUAUCUAUGGGUUAGAAUGGAUACUAGUACAAGAGAAAAGUAUGAUUAAAAGUCAUACUGGAAACACAUCACACACGGUCAUUCGGCCCCAAUUUAAGAUUCCCUGCGUUAUGGGUACCAGAGACUGGGUACCAGAGACUGACAUAGAUACUUAUAUAUUUUUUUUAAUAAAUUCACUUAUAGAUGUUAGUUAUACGAGUGGACAAACCGUAGAUACCUAUCAUCUUAGUUUUUAUACAAAAGUUGUUACCAAUGGUCAUUAAAAAUAAAUUCUUGAAUAAAAAAAAUGCCGGAAUCUACUCCGAAUUAUCAAGCGUAACCCAACCCCUUAAUGACAGUGUAUACAGUGUAUAGAGAUUACCGUAAAGAAGUAAUCCUCCUCUAACCUGCCUCGAAAAUUUUCAAUAAUUUUAGUAACCCACAUUUCAAACAAAUCCUUUGAAAACGUCUCCAGAAAAAGGUAAGCUAAAGACUGACAGAUUCCUAUUGACUUAUGACGACAUUCAGUGUAGCAAUUUUUUUUAAGUUUUGUAUUUAAAUACAUGAUUCCUUGCUUUAAUUGAUUGAUUACUUUAAAGAAUUUUAAUCUUCACAAUAGACAUUCAAAAGCAUAAUAACGUAAUUAUCUUCUAUUUUUAAUAUUUCGAGUGAUACAUAAUACAUGUAGUUCCAAGUUUAGCGGUGCCUUCUAUUAAAUAUAAUAGAAAUAUAUAAAAAAAACAACCUGCUGUAUGUAAAUAAAGUGUUCUUUCUUAGCAACUCAGCUGUGCAUUACGCUUUUAUCUACCUUUUUUGUAAAACAAAAUGUAGAAGCAUUUAUACCGAAUAAAGUAUUAAACUAUAGUGUACACCAAAA